GUCCAUCCCGGUAAAAAUGUGUAAUUUGUAACUUUACCUGACAUUACUCUUUCCAAAAAGACAUUCAUCAUCCCUCUUUCUCCAUACCCCCACAGGGCCACAGUUUCACCUCCCUCUCAGUCUCAGGGACAAGUGUUUUUCCGAUAAAUUCCAGCUCAAAUAAAUACCCAACAAGCUAUACUCAAAUGGCAAUGCCACGCUUGCCAGAUCCGCCAUUCUGAGCGAAACCCAUUGUUAAAAACCAUCCCAAAAUGGGCGUUCUCAGGGAGUCUUUGUGUUUCUGCAAAGGCGUGGGUAAGUCCGAGAGAAUGAAAGCCGCCAUUUUCUCUAACAAAGCCUCCGCCAUGGCCGGAAUCUCCGGCACUGGCACCGGAUUCUUGAUCCACCGCAAUCUGCUCUUGACCACCCACGCCAAUAUUCCGUCGGUGGCAUCUGCCGAGAGUCUCGAGAUCCGGCUCCAAAACGGUGUCGCCGCGAGCCUUGUUCCCCACAGGUUUUUUAUCACUAGCUCUGUUUUAGAUCUUACAAUAGUGGGUUUAGAUGCCAUGGACGGAGAUUUAAAUGCCCAGGGGCAGCAGCCUCACUACUUGAAAGCCUGUUCUAAACCAAAUCUUGAUCUGGGAAGUGUAGUUUACCUCUUAGGCUACACGGAGAAAAAGGAAUUAACAGUUGGUGAAGGGAAGGUGGUGAUCGCCACUGACAAUCUCAUAAAACUUUCUACAGAUGGAAUAACAUGGAGUCCUGGGUCUGCUGGAUUUGACGUACAUGGCAAUCUUGCAUUCGUGAUAUGUGAUCCUAUGAAACUAGCCACAUCACCAAAUGCCAAGUCCUCUUCAACUUCAUCAUCAUCCUCGUCAUCUUGGAAGAAGGAUUUUCCUAUGCUAUUUGGCAUUCCUAUUCCAAUUGUCUGUGAUUGGUUAAACCAGCAUUGGGAAGGCAGCCUCGAUGAACUUAACAAACCAAAGUUGCCAAUCAUGCGAUUGAUGUCUGCUGGUCAGAAGAGUGAGCAUUCUUGUGCUUCAUUCACACUGCGUCAAGUUUUUAAGUCAACAGAAGCUGAUGAUGAUAGAACCCCAUCUUCGUCAAAUAUAAUCUCAAAAGCUAGGGAUUAUCCUGGACCAAGCUGUUCUGCUCGAGCAAACAAUGUUGAAGGAGAAACCCUGACAAGUGAUUUGCAUGCAACCUACGUGCAGGGAAUUCUGACUCCAGAAAUAUAUGAAUCGCCAAAGUUAACUUCAUUUCCUAUUAGGAAGAAAGGAAGUGCACCGAUUCAGCUUUUGGAUAUUAAUUUCCCUCCAAAGGUUACCAGGGCAGGAGUACUGCCUCAGCUAGCCAAACAAGUGCCCCUUUGCUCUGAUGAGAAUUGGGUCGAGGAACUUCCUCCACAUAGCCCAUCGAGAGCAGACCAAAUAAAGGAUAAAGGAGUCUCCAGUCCUGGUGCUGAUGCUGAGAUUGCCUCAACAGGUUCUGUAAAUGGGGCACAAAGCGAGGUCCAGUCUAAUUCAUCUCCAAUAGAAGUUUCAGAGAUGCAUAAUGGGUAUAGCAGUGAGGGAGAGACCAUGUACUCUGCAGAAACUGCUGAGAGCCGAAAUUAUACAGGUCCGAGAGAGGGAAAUUUUCAGCAAGUGGGACGGAGCCAGAGUUGUGUAAGUUACAAUAGAUCGGGAAUUGACCAAAGGAACUCAGUGGCUCGCAGGGCACUGCUAGAAAAGCAGAGGAGUUUCAUCCAUGGAAGGAAGAUGUAUUCUCAAGCAGCAACUUCUCAAAGGAGUAACGACUAUUUCAGCCCAACCGUAUCCUCAAUUAUGAAGAAGAGAAACAACUUAGAGCAGCCCAGCAGACCCCGGCAAAGUGCCGUUCAUUCUUCUCCGAGAUGGAUGUUUUGAUUGAUUCUUGGUGUGAUACCCUAAAAGAAGUCCACAACAAGAUUAUAGUGUUUUUACAGUGUUUAAAUUAAUACCCAUUGAUCUUUCAUUUAGGUACAUACUGUAACUAAUUUGUCGUGACUAUGUGCAUACACUGUUUUAAGUUGUCAAUGGUGAAUAAAAUAUUUCAUCCAGGUGACAAAUUCAA